AAAGCCCUCACCCUUCGGCAGCCACAUCUCCCGCAGCCCGCAGGACAUCGGUUCGGCUGGCGCGCUCUGCCGUCAUUAGCUGUUUAGCUCUGCACCCAAGCUUUCGUUGUUGAACCUUUUCUUCUAGACCGUUGGUAUAUCUUUAGAUCUCCCUUCGACCACUCGCGACGACGCCGGCGCAACGGACUGCGAUCAGUCACACGCUCAUUCAACCCUCGACCUGCGACCUCGAGCCCUUUGCUGCAGCAGGACGUCCCUUCGCCGUUCCAUGCCGCUCGUUACUAGGACCUCGAGACCCCAUAGUCCCUGCAGUAGUUGCGCCCGUAAUUGAUCGACUGUCAACCACAGACAGGAUCGGCGUGUUUCAAGAGUCGACAAUCGCAGGAACAACUUUGUUCUUUUUUCAAAACAUUUGUAAUUGUAAACACAAGAGCUCGAAAGGCGGUAAACACAGGCGCAAUGGAUAUCAACUCGCUAUUGUCGCCGUCAGACUCGCCCGCCGAAACUCCUCCUCCACAGCCUUCCCGUGCAUCGCCGUCGAUGCUGGCGGCGCAUUCGCCCGGCAAGCGCGCUGUCCGCCAGCAGAUGCCCUCGAGAACACCCUCAGGACUGAGCCAGCAGAUCACAUCGUCACCGCAACUUCACCUCGCACAUCAGAACCACCCUUCGCCCGGGUAUGGCCAUCUCGCGAAUGGUGCAAGAGCAGUCCACAGUGCCACAUGCACUCCGCAGCCGCUGGGGUCGCCACACGAUGCGCGCAUGACACCUCCAUCUCAUCUGUAUCGCCAGGCGUCGACGCCAAGCAUGGAUGCAUUGGCAGAUCUUGCGAGCAUGCAACAACAGCAGCAAGCUGCGCGACAGAACUCUCUCGGUCACCAACGCCCAGUAACAUUACAACACCUCGGACAACAUCUUUCAGGCGAUUCUGUGACCAGCGCAGCAAUGUCGGAACAUUCGCCAAGACCGCGCAGCUUUGCGACAAAAUCUCUAGACCAGCAACACAUCGACUACCUGGAACAAUUGGACCGUGAUCUGACAGAGAACCCUUUCAAUUACUACAGUCAUCUUGCCCUGGUCACAACACUUCACCAGGGGUUCCAGAAUCAUCUUGAAUCCUUUGUAUCGGAACCGCACGACUACGAGCUCAUCCACAUCCUGCGCGAUGCGUACCGCGUAAUGUCAGAAAAGUAUCCACUUGGGGAGACACUAUGGCACUACCGUCUCAAUGACGAAAAGAUACUAGCAAGAAAUUCAGAGGAGCGCAUGGGGGUACUCGAGUUGCACAAACAUGCAACACACGAGGAGCCCUACAGUGCGAAACUCUGGGCUGCGUACGGUGAGUACGUCAGUUAUCUCGUCGCCUGCUCGUGGGAACAGAUGCCGCCAGAGGAGUGGUCCGAGGAGGACAGACUCAUUGGCCGCGAACUCUUUCAACCGCAGUUGCUAGUGGAAGCACUACAGCAAGGCGCUGAGAGAGUGAAGUACAAUCUACAAGAAAGCAAUCUGGUAUGGGAUCGCUAUCUGCAGGUUCUGGAGGAGGACCUUGAACGCACUGGCCUCAGUCAGGAGAAGGUGACGAGGAUUGCAUCGAUAUACAACGAGCGGUUGGGCCUGCCACACGCCACGUGGUCCCAUACUCGAUCGAGAUACAUCUCCUUCAUCCAGCGCUACAACCUUGGUGAUCCCGAACAGGUCAACGAGCAAGUCACCCAAAAGAACACGCACAUCAUACAACAGUGUGCCAAUCGCGAGGAUUACGAAUUCAAAGUCCUUCAGGCUAUCCAACAGGGCGACCAGAAUGCAGAAUAUCAUGCUAUCACCCGCUACCUCAAGUGGGAGAAGAGGACCAUGGGCGUCUACAGUUUCCCGUUGGUCAAUGCGCUGUAUGAACGCGCCACACUACGCUUCCCAGUUGAUCCCUCGAUAUGGGAGGACCAUGUUGAGUUCCUCAUCUGGCAAAAAGACCGAUCAGUCGAUGUGCUGAAUGUGCUGGAACGCGCUACACGACAUUGCCCCUGGUCAGGGUCUCUCUGGUCUCAUCGGAUACUAACGCUCGAAGUUGAGAACAAGGCUUUUGAGGAGAUCGAGCAUGUUAAGCACACUGCUACUGGGACCGGACUGCUGGAGCAUUCUGACUUGGAAGAGAUCAUCAAGGUUCAAAUUGCGUGGUGCGGAUACUUGCGACGAAGAGCUUUCGACGACCCCAAGGCCACAGACGACGAUGCCGAUAUUGCCGAAGUCGGUAUCCGUUCCGCGUUGGAGUUCGUACGAGAGGUCGGCAUGAAGAAGCAUGGACGAGACUGGGCAGGCGACUCAAAGUAUCGCCUCGAGCGCAUCCAUAUGAAGUACUGGCUUCAACGCGGAAACGUUGACGAAGCUCGAAACAUUUGGGAGUCUCUUGUCAAGCGUCAAGCUGAUUCGCACGACUUUUGGUACCGCUGGUACAUCUUCGAGAUGAUCUUCUGGUCACAGCACGCUAUGCGGACCGAACAGAACGCUGGACAGCAACUGCUCACGCCCACUCGAGCGACAGCUGUUCUAGAACGCGCCAUGGAACGUCUGCAAACGAUCGACUUCCCAGAACCGAUCGUGGAGAUGUACGUGAAUCACUGCGAGCAACACGAAAAUGUCUUGAAGGUCAGAAGCGCUGCAAUCGAGAAGAGGCGAACUGAACGUAUGGUCUCGAUUCGACGUGAGAAAGAGAAGGCAGCCGCUGAAGCGGCAGCAGCAGCAGCGCCUCAGCCUCAGCCUGACUACUUCACUGAGGGCUCUGCAAAGAGGAAGAGGGAUGAUACUGGUACCAAUCACGAUGCUGCAGCGAAGAAGAGCAGGCAAGCCGACUCAGAGGACGUAUCUCCUGCUGCCGUGCCUUUCAAUGGAGAGCCAGUCCGCGCCAGUGAGGCCCCGUCUGACGCCCAGACUAGUGCACCGAAGCGCGACCGGGAGCAUACUUCUGUCAUUGUCAAGAAAUUGCCAGCAGAUACCACACAAACUCAGAUCAGGCAGUUCUUUACAGAUGCUGGCACAGUCCGGAAUCUUGUGCUCAAGCCAGAACAGGACAGCAUGACAGCCAUUGUCGAAUUCGAGACUUCUGAAGAGGCCGAUUAUGCCUUGAGCAAAGAAGCAAAGGGGUUCAAGGGUCAAAACAUCUCGAUAGAACGUGGCGAAAGCACAACCCUUUACGUCACCAACUACCCAGCACAUGCAGGUGAAGCAUACCUACGGAAGCACUUCGAACCAUUUGGAGAAAUCAUUGGAUUUAGAUUUCCGUCCCUCAAGUUCGACACACAUCGUCGCUUUUGCUACGUGCAGUUCGCCAAUGCUGCACAAGCGGUUGCCGCGACCCAGCUUGACGGCACAGACGUAGAAGGACAGAAGCUCAACGUCAAGAUCUCGAAUCCCCUGGCCAAGAAGAAGCGGGAUGGCGCAACUGCGGAAGGUCGCGAAGUCUACGUAUGGCACCUUAACUUCAAGAUAAAGAAACAAGAAGUCCAGGAGACCUUUGCGCAAUUCGGUCACAUCGACCGCAUCAACUUUCCAACUCUCAAGAACGGCAACAACAAAGGAUUCUGCUUCGUAGUCUACUACACAAAAGAAAGUGCCGAUGCUGCAGUCGCCGGGAUGGAUAAGAAGGACUUCUGGGGUCUCGAGCUGCACGUAGAAAUUGCCAACGACAGGAACGAAACGAAACCGAAGAUCAAAUCGAUUCUCGAGAACGACGCAAGCCCGGCACCCCGCGACGCAACACCUAGGACUGCACAGGCGGCUCCUGAUGCAGCUCCAGGUACGGCGGUUGCUGCAGCUUCCGCCGCAGCGUUCAAGGCCGCUCCCUUCAAUGAGCGCUCCCUCGCGAUCCUGAACCUCCCCGACACCGUGCCAGACGUGCGCAUCAAGCCCCUGGUCGAAUCCUACGGCUUCAAGAAGAUUACCCUCGAACCGCAACACGGCGGCGCAGUCAUCGAGUUCACAAGCGUGGAAGGCACAGGCAAAGCUGAGAUCGCGUUACAAGGGCUGGAUUUCGAAGGCAGGAAAUUGCGCGUUGGCACCGUCAAGGACCUGAGACAACAGAAAGGCGAGUGGAAGGCGGCAAACAGCUUUGUCCAACCCAAUCGCGUACAGAGACCGACCGCACGAGGCGGUGGAAGGGCAAGGGGCAGGACAGGCUUCGGUGCGAGACCCGCUGUGCCUAGGGCUAUGGCGCCCACAAACGGAGAGGCGAAGAGUAAUAACGAGUUCCGCAACAUGAUCCUCAACAAGGGGCCCAAGAAGGCUGAGAGCAGCAACGACAAGAUGGAGGAAUAAUGGCAGGGGGUUACGAUAUGCAUCACGGCGUCAACAUUUUUGGUUCAAAACGGGCUGGACGGACAGUAUCUAGCACUGCAUCACUGGCGUUUUGGGAUUUCACAAGCAUCAAUGAGGGAGGAACAGGUAGUGAGUGCAUGAUGAAGGCCGACUAAUGCGGAGUUUUAAAUCAUUGGGUGUAUCUAG